AUCUAUCUCUAUCAUCUUUAGUUGUAAAAGGUCUGGCCUUUUUUGUGUUUCUGAAUUUCUCUGAUACACACACAUGAACACACACUACACAUAAUAAUAUUAAAAUAUUUUAGGAAUAUAUGAAGAGGGUCAUAAAGUUUUGAUUUUUAGCUUGAAUGGCUAUGGUUGCAUGAUUGGAAAAGAAGAUUUGAGCUCAAGAACUCAUGGAUAGAGAAUUAUAAACAUAGCCCAGUUGGAAAUUGUUGCAAAAACACACAGUAGUAGGUGAAAUUCCCAGAUCUCUAGGUUCUUGAAUUUCAAGCUCUAGUGCAUUUUCUUGAUUUUUUCAAGAAAAUUCCAUUCUUUUCUUGUUUUUGUGUCUUUUGAGCAAAUGGGUUGGUCAGGUUUGGUUAAAGAUUGAAACUUUAUCACAUAUCUGGGCUUUUGGGUUCACUUGGAUUUAUAGAAAGUGAAGUUCAAGAUUUCAAGUUGUAAAGAUAGUGGCUUUCUUGGAUAAGGCUAUUUAUAUAUAUGGUGGUGGUAUUUUUCUAAAGAAGGUGAUUGAUUGAAUGGGUAUGGAUAGUUUUGGAACUGUUUUUGUGGCUAUUGCAUUGCUUAUUUGGACAUUGUUGGAGGGCUCUACUGCAACUCUUUCUCCUUCUGGUGUAAACUAUGAAGUUGUAGCUUUAAUGGCGAUUAAAAGUGGUUUAGUUGACCCAUACAAUGUUCUGGAGAACUGGGAUAUUACUUCUGUAGAUCCGUGUAGUUGGAGGAUGGUUACCUGCUCCGGUGAUGGCUAUGUUUCUGCCUUGGGCUUACCUAGUCAGAGUUUGUCUGGAACGAUAUCACCAGGAAUUGGCAAUUUAACCAACUUGCAGUCGGUGUUGCUGCAGAAUAAUGCUAUUUCUGGUGUUAUACCCGCCGCCAUUGGAAAGUUGGAGAAACUUCAGACUCUAGAUCUUUCCAACAACAAGUUUGGUGGCAAUAUACCUAGUUCCUUUGGUGACCUCAGAAACCUUAAUUAUCUGCGACUAAAUAAUAACAGCCUUAGUGGAACAAUUCCUGAAUCUCUGUCUAGAAUCGGAGGGCUCACUCUUGUGGACUUGUCUUUCAACAAUUUCAGUGGUUCCCUCCCCAAAAUAUCUGCAAGAACUUUCAAAAUAAUAGGGAACCAAAACCCUCUGAAUUGUGGCCUGAGCACAAAGAAUAAUUGUUCUGUUGUCUAUCCAGAGCCUCUUAACUUCCCUCCAGAUGACAAUUCUGAUGCUGGUGGUAAAGGACACCGUGUGGCUAUUGCUAUGGGUGCGAGUUUUGGUGCUGCGUUCCUUCUCAUAGUGAUUGUUGGAUCCUUCAUUUGGUGGCGAUAUAGGCACAAUAAACAGAUUUUCUUUGAUGUUAAUGAUCAAUAUGAUCCUGAAGUAUGCUUGGGACAUUUGAGAAGGUAUUCUUUCAAGGAACUGCGUACUGCAACUGACCAUUUUAAUUCGAAGAACAUUUUAGGGAGGGGGGGAUUUGGAAUCGUGUACAAGGGUUGCUUAAGUGAUGGGACUAUUGUAGCUGUCAAAAGGUUGAAGGACUACAAUACUUUUGGAGGUGAAAUACAGUUUCAGACAGAAGUUGAAUUGAUAAGUUCGGCACUGCAUAGGAAUCUUCUCCGUCUUUGGGGAUUCUGCACAACUGAGAAUGAAAGACUUCUUGUUUAUCCGUAUAUGUCAAAUGGGAGUGUCGCAUCCAGACUGAAAGACCAUGUCCUUGGUAAGCCUGUUUUAGACUGGGCCAGGCGGAAAAGAAUAGCACUAGGAACGGCACGGGGGCUGUUGUAUUUACACGAGCAAUGUGAUCCUCGAAUCAUCCAUCGGGAUGUUAAGGCAGCCAACAUCUUGUUGGAUGAGGAGUUUGAGGCUGUUGUUGGUGACUUUGGUUUAGCAAAGUUGUUGGACAACCGAGAGUCACACGUGACCACAGCUGUCCGUGGUACUGUCGGCCACAUUGCGCCAGAAUAUCUAUCAACUGGUCAAUCAUCAGAAAAAACUGAUGUAUUUGGAUUUGGGAUCUUGCUAUUAGAGUUGAUCACAGGUCAGAAAGCUCUGGACUUUGGAAGGGCAGCAAACCAAAAAGGUGUAAUGCUUGAUUGGGUUAAGAAGCUACAUCAGGAAGGAAAGUUAAACCUAAUGGUGGAUAAAGCUUUAAAGAAAAACUUUGACAGGAUCGAGUUAGAAGAAAUGAUUCAGGUUGCCCUUCUUUGUACCCAGUUUACGUCCGCUAAUCGCCCAAAAAUGUCGGAAGUACUGAGAAUGUUGGAGGGUGAUGGGUUGGCGGAAAAAUGGGAAGCCUCACAGCAAAGGGCUGAGACACCAAGAUACCAAGGAGGAUUUGACACUCCUCAGAAAUACUCAGAUUUUAUCGAUGAAUCCUCUCUCGUCGUGGAAGCCAUGGAACUUUCAGGCCCCCGGUGACAGUCAUAUCUCAUACCUUAGAUGAUAUCGAUAUUAGAAGGGUGAAAUAUGUAGUGAUUGAAUGGUAGUGAAAGGUACUUUAUUCAUCUGUAAAAAGCGUAAAAAUGGAAACAAGGAAAGCACAGCUGCUCUGUCAUUAAGUAGAGUUGAGUUGCUCAAAGUCUUAUAUUGAACUGUUUAUAUAA